CAUUCAACCACCACCUUUUCAAAGCUUCAGACUACAUACCCAGGAUCUAGCUCUAAUCCUUUCAUCGUUUUUUCGCCCUCCAAAUGCCUUCUAACUCGACCCUAACCCGAAAACAACAUCUUGAAGCCCUCAAGGCUGCUCGGGCUGGCCAAAAACGCGAUUAUAAAGCAUCACAAGAUGAAGCCAUUUACGAAACCGUAUCAGAAGAUCAGUACAAGUCGAUUGUGAAGGGACGACUGGCUGAAGAUGAUUUUAUCGAGAACGACGAUGACUCGGGAUAUGUUGACCAGGGAGUGAAUGAAUGGGAAGAAGAAGAGAAUGACGAACAGCCCGUGAAACCCGCAAGUAAUCACCGCAAACCGCGAGAUCGACAGUCGACGGCACUCCAAUCGAGCUCAAGUGGUCGUCCAAAUUCUGCCCUCCCUGCCACUUCGCACAAGAACACGCGCCCUGGAUCAAGUACCCGAGCAAAAACUGUGGCCAAAGAGCCUGUAACUCUGAACGCUUAUCGCAAAACCAAAGACCCUGUUGCGUCCGAAGGCUUCAUGAAUAAUUUGUUGAGCGGACUCGGUCAAGACUCUUCGAAAUCAUCCGGCCCCUCACAUCUCCCUAAGAAUGCGCCUCAUCAACCAAGUAGGCUACAGGGCUCCGAGCAGACCUCCGAUCAGAGGAAAAGAAAAAACGAACCAAAUGAUACUCGUCUUGGUCUUUCCCCAACCGCUCUACGCAACUCUAGUCCUCGUAAGACGAACGGGAUGCCUUCGUCAUCUCCCCCUUUGGGCGACGAAGAUUUUGCCAGAACAGAAAGCCUCGGCGAUGGUUCCAGCGCUGGUAUAGGUGGAUUCCUCAGCAGUGAAGGAGUCGAAGAAGUCGAAAGAAUUUCUAAAAAACCUCGUAUCGCUACUCUGCACCAUGAUCUUGUCGACCUCAAUGUGGAAGAUCUGGCCAUGGAUCUGAGCGACGAAGAGAAUUUGGACACACAUGUGGAUGAUUUGAAAACAGACCCCAACUCCACCCCCACAGUACCUUGUAAACUAGUUUCUAAAAUUGGAAAACAUGGAAAGAACAGACGUCAACCACCCGGCGUUACUGUAGUAGCAUCCGGUCAACAUGACGUACCUUCGCAAGGCAACAGCAAACCAGCAGAAACCUCUAAGCCCCAAGGCCUGAAUUGGCAGAAAGCGCUCCAAGCCCUACCUACAGUCUCCAACAUUGAUCCAGCUGUUGAGGCUCAUCUCAAAGUACUUAUUGAAGAUAGUGAAGACAAACCACAAUCAUCUGAAACCCCCAACGCCGUUGUAGCUUCGACCGAAAUAGACCUUUCCGAAACUACAGAGUUUUUGGCCAACAUUCCGCGCAAGAGCAAAACUGCCCAAGGCCCACGGAUCACAAAAAAAGCACUCGCGCAAGCAGAAGCUGAUCGACAUCUACCCAAGCCUACAAAGGUGGAUGCAUUUGUUCCUCAGCCGGCUACAGACGCACAGACAACCAACAAGCUUACAGAAACACCGACAGAAAAUAGUCAAGGCAAUCGACUCAAGUUUUUUUGGCUAGACUAUCAAGAAGCCGAAGGUGUCAUAUACCUGUUUGGCAAAGUUUUUGAUCAAUUAUCGGCCAAGCAUGUCGCUUGCUGCGUGAUUGUUGAAGGGAUGCAGCGCAACUUGUUUGUUCUGCCUCGGCCCACCAUGGUAGACGAGGAUGGAAUUGAGGUCAAGCCGACGGAGGAUGAUGUUUAUGAUGAAGUUGAGACGGUUUUGGAAGCUCACCAAAUCACAGAGUUCAAAGGAAAACUUGUCAAGCGCAAAUAUUGUUUCGAGGAAAAAGACAUGCCUGCCGAGUGUGAUGAGUGGUUCAAAGUCGUAUACAGUUACACCAAGCCACCCAUCGCGAGGCUUACAACCGGCAAGACGUUUAGCAAGAUUUUUGGAACCGGAACGAGUGCUUUUGAAUUAUUCCUUUUGAAGCGUAAAAUCAUGGGUCCUUGCUGGUUGGACGUUCAAGGAGCAAUCCCUAGUACACGGGCUACACCUGCAUCGUGGUGUAAACUCGAAGUCGUGGUCAAGGACCCCAAGCUAAUCAAUCCGCUCAGUGACGCUGAUUCUACCGCAAAGGAGAUUCCACCUUUGAACAUUAUGAGUCUUAGCAUCCGGGAUAUCAUGAAUCACAAGGAUAACAAGAAAGAGAUUGUGUGUGUCACAGUACGCAUGUGGCAAGAAGCCAAUUUAGAAGACACCACACCGAUUGAACAGCAAUCAUCGGUAGUGAAAACCUUUGUGAGGCCAUUGGCCUCCUUUCCAGCUGGCACUCAUGAGGCCUGCCGUCGAUCAAUGCCUCCUAUAACGCCGGUAAAAGAGGAGCAUAUGUUACUCUCUAUCCUUCUGGGCACAAUCAACUCAUAUGAUCCGGACAUCAUCGUAGGGUAUGACCUAGCAAAUGUCGCAUUGGACGUCAUCUUACAUCGUAUGCGAGACCUCAAAACCUCACACUGGUCCAGAAUCGGUCGGAUGCGACGAGAAAAGCUUCCAUCGCUACGCACCGGGGGAUUCAACAAUCAUCUGCUAACCGGCCGCUUAGUGUGUGAUCUUAGUAGUGAUGGUUUCAAGUCGAUGGUCACCUCAACUACGUGGUCAUUGACCGAACUUUGUCAGAAAUAUCUGCAGAUAACCCGGGAAGACAUUGAUCCCGAUGAAAUUGUCAAUUUCUUUGAUUCGACCUCUGCUAAACCCGAUCGUAUCAUCAACUUUAUCAAGCACUGUGAAGCCGACUCGUAUUUUCAAAUGGCUCUGAUCAACAAGGUGCAAUACCUAAGUUUGACCAAACAACUAACCAAUUUGGCAGGAAAUAACUGGAAUUCAACUUUGCACGGAGGUCGUGCGCAAAGGAAUGAAUUUAUCUUGUUACACGAAUUUCAUCGUCACAAGUUUAUAUGUCCGGAUAAGUUGAGCUUCAAUGACCGAAAAACGUUGGCCGCAACUACAAAUACGACGGGAGAGCAAGGCGAAGGUAAUGGCGGCAAUAAAGCCAUCAAGAAGGACAAAUAUAAAGGUGGUCUUGUGUUUGAGCCUAAACGGGGAUUGUGGGACAAAUUCAUCCUUGUGAUGGACUUCAACUCCUUGUAUCCCAGUAUCAUACAGGAAUAUAACAUCGACUUCACCACAGUCAAUCGUGCCGGUUGCGAUGACGAUGAAAAUGAUCAAAUUCCCGACCUUCCGCCCGCUGACAUGAAGCAGGGAGUGCUUCCUAGGCUGAUUGCCACAUUGGUCAACCGAAGACGAGAAGUCAAGAAGUUGAUGAAAGCCCCAGAUACACCUCCAUCAAAGAUAGCACAGUACGACAUCAAACAAAUGGCUCUGAAGUUGACUGCAAACUCGAUGUAUGGAUGUCUUGGUUUCGAAGGGUCUAGGUUCUAUGCGAGGCCUUUGGCAGCGCUGACCACAUCGAAAGGGCGAGAAAUCUUGACCAACACCCGUGACUUAGCUGAGAGUCAGAAUCUUGACGUAAUUUAUGGAGACACCGAUUCAGUCAUGAUCAAUACCAACGCAUUGGACUUCGCAGCCGCAAACAAGAUCGGAAAUGAAUUCAAGAAACUGGUGAAUGAGCGAUAUAAACUGCUGGAGAUUGACAUCGAUGGCGUGUUUGAGCGGAUGCUGCUGCUUCAAAAGAAAAAGUAUGCAGCUCUGAAAGUCGAUGCCAUGACUCAAGCCCGGAUCGUCGAGGUCAAAGGCUUGGACAUGAAGCGAAGAGAGUAUUGCAAACUGUCCAAGGAUGCUUCUCAGUAUAUCCUGGAACAGGUAUUAUCAGGUUUAUCAACAGAACUUGUGGUGGAAAAAAUCCACGAGUAUCUUACAGAACUUGGGCAAAGCGUGAAAGACGGAAAGAAGGAGCUCGACGACUUCAUUAUCCACAAGAAACUCGGGAAAGACCCUAAGGACUACCCGGACGUCAAGUCACAGCCGCACGUCCAAGUUGCGCUGAGAAUGAAGCUCAAGGGCAAUGUGACCCCCAAAGCGGGUGACGUUAUACCUUACAUAUUUUGCCUUGGGGAGGAUGGUAGCUCAAGCACCCGAUCAGCUCAGGCCGAUAAAGCUAGGCACCCGGAUGAGUUGCGUCUUGCAGAUAGCCCUUGGAAAAUCGACUACGAUUACUACUUAUCACUGCAAGUUUUACCCCCGAUUGAGCGUAUGUGCGAUCCCAUUGAAGGGACGGAUCGCUGUAGACUCGCAGAGUGCCUUGGUCUGGACCCCUCUCGGUUCAAGAAUAUUGUCGCGACUGGUCAAGAUUCGCAAAGGGAAUUCCACACCCUAGAUUCCCAAAUCCCAGACACAGAAAGAUUUUCAGGCACUUCGCCAUUCGAAGUGAGGUGUCGCCAUUGCGGUGAAAAGUUCGAGUUUAAGGGUGCACAAGCCGACACGGUUGGCAUGAUAUCACCUAGUGGAUUAAAUUGUCCAAAUUUGGAGUGUCGCAAACCGCUCGGGGUUCCAUCCAUGGCCACCCAAUUGGAAAUUCAGAUUCGCGAGUUCAUUGGGAAGUUCUACGAGGCUUGGUUGAUUUGUGACGAUGCAGCCUGUCGAAAUCGGACACGUAUGAUGUCGGUUUAUGGGCGAAAAUGUUUGAAUACAAGUAUGGGAUGCAAAGGUCAAAUGAGUUACGAAUACACCGAUAAAAUGCUAUAUAACCAAUUGUUGUACUUUCAUAGUCUUUUCGAUCCUUCAAAGGCUGAAAGCAAAUUCAAGGAUACGUCUAAAUCAGAUAUGAUAACGAAGACUUUACUAGUGAACCAACAAGCUCUCGCCACAAUGAGGGGAAUCGUCAAUCGAUAUUUGCAACAGAAUGCCAGACGAUUUGUGGCCAUGGAUACCUUGUUUUCUUUCAUGACGAUCAGAGGCCUCUAGGAGAUCCAUAUCGCUGUAAUAAUAGUAUCUAUUUCUAGUUUUGUAACUGUUUCAUCAUUCUUGCCCUCACUCCCCAUUUUAGAGGAAAGCAGUAAAACUUUGGUCAUGUUCAGGGUGUUUUGUUAGUAGUCCUUAUUCAUUCUUCACUUGUUUAAAUGUCAUCUUAGUGGUGCGAACUAAUCUAAUCUCAUAGACAACUCAAAAUUUGAAACAUGUGUACCUCCCUUUUACCUGCUGGCAAUUUGAGUCUUUGAACCACAGAAGCAGGAUUUAAAUCUGUUGAAGUGCCGGGAUAGACUCUCUUAAGACAUGCACAGCACUUGGCGAAUAUCUGCUGCAAGAAAAAAAAGGGCUGGUAG